AUGGCGGACGCGAAGGAGACGUCCGAAAAGUACUCGGACACCAUGAAGAAGCAGAUGGGCAGCAGCCUGAUCUACAAGCACGAGGCGGGCAUGAACUACGCCAAGUGCUUCGAGCGGAUCAUCGUGGGCUCCUGCUUGCAGGGGCCUGCCGACGUGGACACGCUUCAGAAGGAGGGCGUCGGCAUUGUCUUCUGCCUUCAGGAAGACAAGGACAUGGCCCACUUCAAGAUCGAGUUGGCGCCCAUCGUGGCGCGAGCCAAUGAGCUGAAGAUCAAGCAUGUGCAGCAUCCUAUCAAGGACUUCGACCCCUUGUCUCUCCGCAAGCACCUGCCGGAUGCGGUGCGGCGCCUCGCCGCGGAGCUCCGGGCGGCGCCGGAGGCUGUGGCCUACAUCCACUGCACUGCCGGGCUCGGACGGGCGCCCGCCACAGCGCUGGCGUACAUGUUCUUCGUGGAAGGUAUGGGCCUGGAUGACGCCUACGCCAAGCUGUAUGAGGUUCGAAGAUGCCAUCCCCAGCUGAACAUGGUCCGUGCUGCCGCCUGCGACCUGUUGUCCGGGGAGAUGGGCUCAGGGCAGCUGCGGAUCUCCAUCAAGCGACCGGAGGCCAAGACGGUGGAGAUCGCCGGGCUGGACGUGGGCUGGCACGAGCGGCUGCCGUUGGUCAAAGAAGGGGAGGACUUUGUGCUGGAUCGCGCCACCCCGCCCGGGGUCUAUCAGUACAAGUUCAUCGUGGACGGGCAGUGGAUGGCUUGCCCGGAGCUCCCCUCGGUGGACGACAACGGCAACGUGAACAACCUGGCGCGGGUGAACCCCACCCCGGGCACCCCGGACGCCGAGCGCCGGGAGCGGCUCAUGAAGAAGGGCGCCAAGCCCACGGAGGAGGAGAUGCAGGAGCUGCGCCGGAUUUUGGGCGUUUGA